UCAGCCUCGCACUCGCGACGCCCAUGGCAAUCGCAGUCGCAGUCGCAGUCGCCACAGCACCGACCGGCGAGUACCAGCCGAUCGCACCCCAGCAACAACAGCAACCCUCGUCAUGAACCCACCUCCGCUCUGUCGCGAGAACAUACCCGCCAAUCCAAUCGAUCUGAAAAAUGGUGGAAAGUGCACCUCUUCCGCGGCAUGGUUCAGGACGUGAAACGUCGCGCCCCGUACUACUGGAGUGAUUGGACCGAUGCGUGGGAUUAUCGUGUCGUGCCGGCGACGGUGUAUAUGUAUUUUGCCAAUAUUCUGCCCGCAUUGGCCUUUUCACUGGAUAUGUUCGAAAAAACGGAUCAGAGUUAUGGCGUGAAUGAGGUCCUCCUGGCGUCGGUGUUGGCCGCCGUGGUGUUUUCCCUGUUUGCUGCGCAGCCGUUGGUUAUUGUGGGGGUGACGGGUCCCAUUACGGUGUUUAAUUAUACCGUUUAUGAUAUUAUCUCGCCUCGCGGGACGAAUUAUCUGGCGUUUAUGUGCUGGAUUGGGAUAUGGUCGUUGAUUAUGCACUGGGUGUUGGCUAUCACUAAUACUUGCAAUGGAUUGACCUAUGUGACUCGCUUCUCUUGUGAUAUUUUUGGGUUCUACGUGGCCUUUAUUUAUCUCCAGAAGGGGAUUCAGGUUCUUACGAGACAGUGGGGAUCCGCCGGGGAGACUUCGGCCUAUCUGAGCAUCAUGGUUGCUUUGCUGGUGCUUAUGAGUGGUUGGAUUUGUGGAGAGCUGGGGAAUAGCAGUCUCUUCAAGCGGUAUAUUCGCAAGUUCUUGGAGGACUAUGGCACGCCCUUGACCAUUGUGUUCUUCACCGGGUUCGUGCACAUCGGCCAUAUGAGGGACGUGGAUGUGGCACGGCUGCCCACCAGCAAGGCGUUCUUCCCGACGGCGGAUCGAGGCUGGUUGGUGCAGUUCUGGGAUAUCAGCGUGGGGGAUGUGUUUCUUGCCAUUCCGUUUGCGGUGCUGUUGACGAUCUUGUUCUAUUUUGAUCAUAAUGUCUCCUCUCUCAUCGCCCAAGGCACCGAGUUCCCUCUUCGCAAGCCCGCCGGGUUCCACUGGGAUCUGUGGCUGCUGGGCAUUACCACAUUCGUUGCCGGUCUGCUGGGAAUUCCGUUCCCCAACGGUCUCAUCCCCCAGGCCCCCUUCCACACGGCCGCGCUCUGCGUCACCCGCGACGUCGCCGACGAGGACGACACCAACAAGGGCAAAGCCAUCCGGGUUACCGACCACGUCGUCGAACAGCGCGUCAGCAACUUUGCCCAGGGCAUCAUGACACUCGGCACCAUGACCGGACCGCUUCUGAUCGUGCUACACCUGAUUCCCCAAGCUGUUCUCGCAGGUCUCUUCUUCAUCAUGGGCGUGCAAGCCCUCCAAGGCAACGGCAUCACUCAGAAACUCAUCUUCCUCGCCCAAGACAGCGGCCUCACGCCGGCCUCCAACCCGCUCAAGCGCAUCAAACGUCGCCUCGCCAUCUGGGUGUUCGUCAUUGUAGAAUUGAUCGGCUUCGGCGCCACCUUUGCCAUCACCCAGACCAUCGCCGCCAUUGGCUUCCCGGUGAUUAUCCUGCUGCUGAUUCCGGUGCGCUCGUUCCUGUUCCCGUGGUGGUUUACCCCGGAGGAACUGUCUCUGCUGGAUGCGCCAACGGCUAGUCCGUUUACCAUGGAGAGUGUAGGUGGCACGCACGGUCUGGAUGAGACUGUUCCUGUAGACCAGGACAACCGUCGCGAUUCAAGAACGGGUGGUGGCGGUGGUGGUGAAGGCGUGAUGAUGCGCCGGGACGAGAGCUCAUCCGAGUCGGCGGUCGAGGAUGAUUUGGAACGGGGAGAGGUGUAUGAGAUGCAGCGGUCGACUGUUCGGCGACGGAGCACGACGGUGGAGGCUAGGUGAUUGAUUCGUUACAUCUAUGUGAUGGUAAAGUAUAUAUUGUUGGGUAAUGGGGUACAUAGGAUGGGAGGAUAUUGAAUAGAUUUCGGUGCAGUAUACUGUCUACAUUUGG